UCAGCCUCCGCCGGAGAGGACAAGCCGCUCUGACACUUUGAGCUUACUUUUGUCUUUGGCAAGGCAGCAACAUGUCGGAGACUGCUCCAGUGGCUCCUACCACUCCUGCACCCGCGGAAAAAACACCUGUGAAGAAGAAGGUGAAGAAAGCAGGCGCAGCGGCUGGAAAACGCAAGGCAUCGGGACCCCCAGUGUCUGAGCUCAUCACCAAGGCAGUGGCAGCUUCCAAGGAGCGCAGCGGCGUUUCUCUUGCCGCGCUUAAGAAAGCGCUUGCGGCUGCCGGAUACGAUGUAGAGAAAAACAACAGCCGCAUCAAGCUUGGCCUCAAAAGUUUGGUGAGCAAAGGCACCCUGGUGCAGACUAAAGGCACUGGUGCUUCUGGCUCCUUCAAACUCAACAAGAAGGCGGCUUCCGGGGAAGCUAAGCCUAAGGCUAAGAAGGCUGGCGCAGCCAAGCCUAAGAAGCCCGCAGGGGCAGCCAAGAAAGCCAAGAAGGCGACUGGUGCCGUUACCCCCAAGAAAAGCGUCAAGAAGUCCCAUAAGAAAGCAAGAAAGGGGGCAACAGCUGCUGGGACCAAGAAACCUGCCAAGAGUGCGAAAAAGGUGAAAGCAUCACAGCCGAAGAAAGCUGCCAAGAGUCCGGCCAAGGCCAAAGUUCCUAAACCCAAGGCAGCCAAGCCUAAAGCGGCGAAGCCGAAGGUUACAAAGGCGAAGAAGGCGGCUCCGAAGAAAAAGUGAAACUGGCGGGACGUUCCUCUUUGAAAAUUUAAACGGCUCUUUUCAGAGCCACCUAGAGAUCUCAGUAAAAAGAGCUGUAACUUGUUUUCUUAGAGGAAGGGGGUGGCGUGGGAAUGGCGGACGGGUCUACCCUAGUCAAUGCAAGUUGGGGUUCAAGUAAGCUCACCGUUCCCUGCAGCCUGGGUGCGAAGAUCCUCCCGCCACAGCCACCGGAGUAGCUAUGGCUACUUGAGCCACUACCCCCGGGUUUUUCUUUAAAUUCCCGCCGUGGUGUGUGAUUGGCUAGCUGAUUUCUCUUAAAGCGAGGCGCCUAAAAG